CCUCCUGAACGGUAAAUUGACAAUUUUUUAGUGGUAUGGUGUAUGGUUCAAGUUGACGCUGCGCUGCAGCUGUCAUAGUUUAAUUAAUAACAAAAUUUAAAUUUUAAAUUAAAAUUUUUGUAUAAAAAUAUUCCAGUAACUAAUUUCUACAUAACAAGUUUUUACAGGUGAAUAUCCGGGUAACUUCAGGAACUAAAUAUGGCUAGAGGACAACAAAAACUCCAAUCACAAGCGAAAGCUGCAGAAAGGGCUGCCAAAGCUAAGAAACAACAAGGGCAUAGUGCUACGGACCAGAAAAAAGCUGCCCAAAAAGCUCUAGUUCACGUGUGUGCAGUUUGUAAAGCGCAGAUGCCCGAUCCGAAAACCUACAAACAACAUUUUGAAAAUAAACAUCCAAAGAAUGAGGUGCCUGUGGAACUUAAAGAUGUAUAACAUAUUGAAAACCUUGAAACCGAUAUGUGUUCAAUUUUUUUGGACACAAAGGUAAUCAGAAUAUUUUCAACUUUAUUUCUCAUGUUAAUUUUAUUAUAGGUUUUAUGUUUAUUAUAUGUAAAUCUUUUCAAUGGCUUUUUUGGUUUAUUGUAUAUGUAUUUUCCAUUUUUCGAUAUUUGUAAUUAUUAAAAAAAACUAGGUAUUUAUAGCCAA